CGGCUGUGACAGGCAGAGAGAGCAAUAGGGAGAAAUGAGUGAGAGCUGAAAUAGUGCACGGCGUAAUUCGGGCUCUGUGAUCACAGAUACUCCAAGUGAAAAAAAACAAAACAAAAAAAAACCAAAACCAAACAACCCAGGAGAGGGGGCAGGGAGGCGUUUAUCAGCUCCACCUUUGCAACCGGCUCAGGACAGAACGUCUAUAGAUAUUUAUAGAUAUUAAAACAAAAACAACAACCUUACCGUGAAUAGAGCCUUUCUUAAAAAGAAGGUCCUGGCAAUUCUGUCUUAUUUAAGCAAUUUCCUGAGUCUAAGAAUAGAAAUGAGCUGCCUGGAAGGCACUGCAGGCUGAAAUUUGGAGACAUAGGCUGCUUUAUUUUAUUUCUCCAAGUAUAAAAACCUUCCGUUUGGAUACUGGAUUUUUAUUUCUGUCUUUGAAGCGGAGGGAUGGAUGGCUACUUUUAAUUUUACUUUUUUUUCUGUCUCUCUUUUAAUUUAAAAAAAACUGUCUUCCAGUUAAAAGGCAAGGAAAGCGUUUUACCUGCAUGUGACAAUCCCAGAGGACACCGAUCAAGAAACAGGGGAGUGACUUGGUCUUCUGCACUACUUUACUCCCACCCCACUUUUUUUAGGGGGAGAGAAGGAUUUUUCCAGUCCAAGAAUCUUUUUGCCCCCAAGUUUUGGAAGGGGGUUGAAGACUUGUCACCCAUCUGGGGGUGCAUGAAGGGAAGUGGUUUUCUUUCUCUGCUAACUUGGUUUCGUGAAGGCUUGGAAGAGAAUUUUGCCUUCCUGACCUGUCUGGAACAAGAGGAUGAUUUGGAAGUGGCUGGGCGCUUUGCUGCUUUUCCCCGUGCAGAUGGUUUAUUUGGUGGUGAAAGCUGCCGUGUGCAUGGUGCUGCCGCCCAAGCUGCGAGACCUGUCCGGGGAGAGCGUGCUCAUCACCGGAGGGGGCAGGGGCAUCGGCCGCCAUCUGGCCAGGGAGUUCGCUAAGCGAGGAGCCAGAAAGAUCAUCCUGUGGGGUCGAACUGAGAGAUGCCUGAAGGAGACCACAGAGGAAAUCAGGAUGAUGGGGACAGAAUGCCAUUAUUUCAUUUGUGAUGUAGGAAAUCGAGAGGAGGUCUAUCGGCAAGCCAAAGCUGUGCGGGAAAAGGUGGGUGACAUCACUAUCCUGGUGAACAAUGCUGCUGUGGUCCAUGGUAAGAGCCUGAUGGACAGCGAUGAUGAUGCACUGCUCAAGUCACAACAUAUAAACACCCUGGGACAGUUCUGGACCACCAAAGCUUUCCUGCCAAGGAUGCUGGAGUUGCAGAAUGGACACAUUGUUUGCCUGAACUCUGUCCUGGCCUUGUCAGCCAUCCCCGGUGCCAUUGACUACUGCACCUCCAAAGCCUCGUCCUUUGCCUUUAUGGAGAGCCUGACCCUGGGGCUGCUGGACUGUCCUGGAGUGAAUGCCACAACUGUCCUGCCCUUCCACACGAGCACAGAGAUGUUUCAGGGCAUGAGAAUCAGGUUCCCUAAUCUUUUUCCUCCUCUCAAGCCAGAGACAGUGGCUAGGAGGACAGUAGAAGCCGUUCAGAUGAAUCAAGCCUUCCUGCUCCUUCCUUGGACAAUGCAUGUUCUUGUCAUACUUAAAAGCAUUCUCCCUCAGGCAGCACUUGAAGAAAUCCACAAGUUUUCUGGGAGCUACACCUGCAUGAACACUUUUAAAGGACGAACAUAGGCUCGAUGGUACAAGGACUGUUCUUCAGUGAAACCAACACAAGCAUGAAAAUCCUGACAAGACUGUGAAUCAGCAGUCUUGGCUUUUAGCCUGUUCAUGUGACUUGCACUGCUCUGAGGCAACACAUUUCUUGCAGGUCAUAACCAUAGUAACAUGACCUUUGCACAGGAUUGAAUGACUAGACUAUGGACCCUUGGAAAGAAAAACAAAAAGUGUGAAAUGUUUAUAUGAUGUUUAAUUCUUUAGAGUUCAAUUGUUAAAUCUACUCAUAGUUUUAAGAUGUAAUUUUUGUUUCUAAAGUGUCUGUAGGCUCUCUCAGCUGAGAGGCAGCACAUCACACCCCGUACUUCAUCCCCUCUCUUCAGAGGAACUGCAAUUACAAACUGCUACUGGUUUCAUUUCAGCUUUUUGAAUGGGGAACUUAAAAAAAUACUUUAAAGAACUAAAAGUUAUGGACGUUUAGUGGAAGCUUGCUUUCCUUCCCUCACUUCACCUCUGUUGAUGAAGCUCUUCCCGGCUCACAUCAGGGAAGGAGCUUACUGGUGCAAUGUUUUCAGUGUUAAAGGCCGCCCAGGACUUGUGUCUGGGAGGACUGUGCUGGGCCCAGGGAAGCUGUCCUACUUCACCUGGGAAGGCUGGAGGGGAAUGCUCAGUCAGAAGAGCAGACAGUUUCAAUAGUGGAAGAUUCUUUCUCUCACUAAACUCAUAUAUGAAAUUUAAUUGUCUCUCUGAAUAUUUUUUUUCCUUUAUGAUAAAAUAUAUAUCUAUUUUUAGCAUUAAUCCCAGAUUGCCACGCAUGUAGGCAGCAUCACAUUGAGGAUGAACUAAAUCUAGAACUAAAACUAGAGCCUGCUUGUACAAACAGACAUUCACUGACAUAAUCCAUGCAGAGGAAAAUCCGUUGUAUCAAUCUACACAGUGAAGUAAGUGGAAUAGUGCUCUAAAAAUAGAAGAGAGUACUGUAGUGCUCAUGAAAAGUGAAGCUUGGAAGCACAGUUAGCAAAGACCUGAUUAAAUGCACGUUGAAUUCAACUGGGAAUAUACCCAUUGUGUUUUAGGGGCAUUGAAUCAGGCACUGAUCGGCCAAAAGUGAUAAAUACUGCUUGGACUGAAAUGCCAGAAGCAGCUAGACAUUAUUUAUUUUUGUAAUGAUAUAUUCCCUUUGACAGCCUAGUAGGAGCAACACCACAUUCCUAUGCCAGAUGCAGUGUGCAGCGCUAGGCACAGUAACGUAGCUGAAACAUACUGGAACACCACUAAAAGAGGAAUUAAUGUAAUUGCAGUACAGGAAAGUUGCAAGCCUAACUGGAGAAACGCCUCGAGGAAGGCCACGUGGUUAAAAGAAAGGGGUGGAUUUAGGGCUUCUGACUUGAAUUUCGAGCUUUUCCAUAGAUGUCUUGUGUGACCUGGGGCAAGCUGCAUAAUUUCAGGUGCACCCUGACCUGCAAAGCAGAUAUUUCUAGUGUUUCUCUACCUCAAAAGUUGUAAGUCUGACUGCCUAAACGUUUGUCAAAAGCUCAGCAAAUUCAGAUGGAACGUGCUAUAGAAAGGAAACACAGUAUUUGUUUGUAAACCAAUAGGUUCUAUACAAAAAAUGUAGAAGCAGAAAAAAAAACAUGCCAAAAUACAGCAUUUCCUAGAAGAGACCUGAGUUACAGCAGAAAAGCUGUGAGCUGCAAUUAAGAUACUGGUUUGGUUCUGCCAUGUAGAAUGGAGACCAACUUCUUAGGUGCAAUGGUGUGAAUGUUAAAAUCUGAAGGUCUGAACCUUACUGCACAUCAGUAGAUACGCCUCGCCUGAGCAGUUCAAGGGGAAGGUCCUGCCAGCAGUGCUAUGGGUGCAAGCCCCUGCCCGCAUGGGUAUUUUGAGGCGCUUUCCUAUCUGGGUCAGUGCUUCCCUUCUGAGUGCAGAACAUAUAAGCUGUAACACUGUGCCAGCUUUGCAAAGGUUCCUUACAAUGGAGUUUUGUUUUGAAUCCCUAGAUGUCUGAGGUUCUCUGGAGAGGAUGAAAAGAAACUUUGAUCUCUGUGAUUUUAAUAGAUGCUUUCAGCUUUAUUUUUUGUGGAAUUUUUUGAGAAGAAACACAGUCCAUUGAAAACACAAGUUCAGUGAGGGGAGAACCCUUCCAGGAUCUGCCAGGAAUACUGAAGGUACCAAUUUAUUGAGGCACUUGGGAAGGCAAAGGCUGAUUAUAUGUACCUCCUCUGAUGCACUGUAAUCCUUUCUAGUCUCCUGUUCAUCACAGUCAGGCAUGCCAGGCUUGUAGAUGCAAGAGCAAACAGAAUUGGUGAAAGACGGCACCCUCCCCUGUCCUGUCCUCCUUAAAUUAAAUGUUUCUGCUGAGAUUCUAGUCAUGGAUGACCUCCUAAUGCAAAAGGGAGGUAAAAACUAGUAAACACAUUGAGAUUAACACCCUGCUCAUCCCCGAAUCCUGUCCCUUAGAUGAAUCUGCUCUUUUCCUGCACUGUAUGAAAGACAUUCCCUAUCUUCAGAGGUUGUCUUACAUACCAAGUGCUGUUGAUUUCUUUCUAAUUAAUAUAAACAACUCAGAACUUAGCUGAGAUUCUUGUCAUCUCCCUCCUUUCAUACACAUACACACAAACUUCCCCCUCUCUUUCCCUCAGGGUCUCUGAGCGGACAGCAGGUCAAAUAGCAGUCACAGUGGGGGAGAGGUAUGCAGCAAACAGAAAAUAAUGAGGAAAACAUUGACUUUGCUUUGCAGAUAGUGAGGAAGAAUUGGGUAAGAGAGUUUCUUCUCCUGUGAGUGUUGCAAGAUAGAAUGCUCUGCAUCCCGUGAGCUACUUGCAAAUUCGGAUGGAUACAUUUGAAGGCUUUAUUUUUUUUUAAUAGAAGGCUCCUCUGGAAUGCCUGCUGAGGUCUACUGUCCCUUUUCACAUAAGGUUGGUAUUGGGUAAUUUUGAAGUGCUGCAAAUGUGGACAAGCUUUGUUGAAGCCUAAGGCCUUCUCAAAGGAAUUUCCGCCCUGUGACUUAUUUUAAUUUUGGUUUUCCCUGCUCUCUCCACUGCCUCCUGCUUUCCACUACACAAUUUCCACCCCCCUUCUCUUUUCCUAUGUCAUUACUGCACUUUUCAAUGCCACCAUCUUGAAGCCAGAUGUCAUACAAAGAGUCUGGACUAAAUCUAAAUCAGGGUAUAUAUUUAUUAUCCUGCUGGAGGAAUCUAGGUGAAGCUGUAGGAGCAGGUCACAGAAGUUUUGUACGAAAUCAGCUAAGCCCUUCCAGUUUUACUUGCUCCAAUCUAUGAAGAUGACCCCUUACUAUAGUUUAUACAGGAGAUUGCUGCUGUUUUAAAAUUGGAAUGACAGAGAAAUGUUAGCCAUUUUGGGACAUCUGUUCUCCUGACAUAAGAAUACCCUGUUUAAAUGGAAGGGAUUUAAGUUCCAGGUGUUUUCAGAGGCUGGUGUUUGUACAAAGUAAUUUUCAGAAUUAGCGAGGCAGGGCAGGGAGAGGAGGAGUCCUUUGUAAGUAGAUCUGAUUCCUCAUGUUUAAUAUUUGAUCUUGUAUUUUAUUUUUUUAUGAGAAAAAAAAAAACUUGCUCCCUCAUGCACCCAUGAUGAACGUUAAAGAGGUCCUUCCAGCUGUAUCCCUGCUGAUGGCAUGUUUUUAGGGAGGAUGAAGCAAAGGAGUGAGCCCUGAAAGCGGGAACUCUACUCUACCUACUCAUCCAUUGUUCUGCUGAGGUUAAGAAGUGACAGGUUCCAUCCCUGUAGUUCUAGAACUUCACAGAAGGUGCCUGGGCAAGUGAUUCUGAUGUUUGCGAAGAGAAACUUGUUGUACUUUUAUGUAAUGUGUUAAUUAGUGUGGGUGGAUAUGAUCAGAUCUAGUCCUGCAAGCCUUUCAGACAACUCCCUGAACACUCCCACCUUCAGAUAUUAACAGACACCACUGCACUUGCCAAAUCUCAUAAAAGCCCAGUAACAGACUUAAUGCAGGCAGAGCAUAAGUGGGUGCGUUUAUUUCAAAGAGAACACGUUCUUUGUAGCAGACAUUAAUUUGGCCUAGUGUUUUCCUCUAGCCAAAAUGCAACUGUUGAGACAAGAGUGCAGGGUGACCUUGGAUCUUCUAUUUUGUCUUUAUUUGUUCAUGUGGCUUUAAUAAACUUAAUUGGGGUGACAGCCA